AUGCUCCGAGGCAUGCCUCGUGAUGUCGAGGCCUCUGCCGGUGUGACCUCCCAAUACCCCGGUCCUACUCUGCUCCCCGGUCCGAUAACUCACGCUGUCAGCUUGGCUACACGAUCGACCUCCCUGGCUAUCCGCGUUGGAUCUCUCGUCGGCUGCUACGGUCUCGAUGCUGCCAGAUUCACAACCUUGUCGAGCCUGGGAUUGGCGCGGGGCUUGGUGGAAACCGUUUUGAGCACGGCAGCCUACGACACUGCAUCGUUGUCCAAGUCGGAGCUGGGCGCCGCCGAAGCAGAAACCAUCUUGGAGCGGAGCCUGGAGAGCCUGCAUUUCGCAGUUACCCAAAUCGUUUUUUGGACAUCAGCCGGCUUUCGACUGACAGGCGCAACGAUAUCAACCGCCUCCCAGGCUUCUCAACUGGUGCUAGGAAGCCUCGAUAAGCUCUUCGGCUCUACGGAUUCCUCUCGAGCUGUGGCGAGCAUCAUCACUCUUAUUCGACGGGAGUUCAAUAACCCAGCCACGGGCGUCGGAGGAGAAAGAGUUGGCGUUUCAGACUUGGUGGUUGCCCUUGGAGCAUUGGCAUAUCUCCAACAAGCUGCUCGGCGUCAGGCGUCCGAGGAGAUCCGCCGCCGAGCAUACGAAGAGGUCAUUUGGGAUGUCGUGGUUCUCAGCGACGGCGAGCGCAUUGACUUGCCCGACGAUGAGGAUGGACCCCAGCUCGUGUCCGGGGACGAGUACCGUGCCGACGAUUUAGGCAUUCGAUACGGAGCAGGGGAGGAUGACGAAGCUGUCGUGCAGCGACUCAAGAGUCACAUUACAGCCAAUCUUGAGGCCGGGACCACGGCAUCGAUAUCCGACUUCGUUUCAUCAGUCCAGACUAUUACUGUCGACGUCAAGGGACCUCAACUUCUGUCCCUUCCCACUCCUCCGGGUGCCGAAAUAGUAGAAACGCGUGGCGCGGCGGCAUCAGCGGGAACCAAUCGGCCACGGGAUCUCGGUCAAGACAGUGACACAUCUUACACGGUCGUCUACAGGAUUCAGAGAGACAAGUUUCGAUCCGCAACGUUUCGAGAACAGGAGGAAGAAUUUGGCCCUGCAGUUGUUGAGAUUACAGACGAUGAUGCCGUCCCGACCGUCGAACCUUUCAAGAAACCUGCGCUACCGCCCAAGUCCCCCGCCGACACGACGACCUUGAAAGGAAAGGAGUCUCAACCACCAGCCUCGACGACAGGGCCCCCGCGUAACGCAAGCCACUCUAGUGGCCCAUCUGAAGCUCCCAAACUCCGCCAUUCAUCUCAAUCAUGUGGCCUAGAAACAACGGCAAACCAGAAGAAACAAAGAGCCCCACCGGUGGAACCACUAUCUCGCGUCUCCACGGCCAAGAAGCGAACUUCAGAGUCGACCAAGCGGCCUCUGCCGAAAAAGAAGUCCGAACCGCUAAACCCUGGAAAACAAAGCGAGAAGCGGCCUGGUCUGAAACAGGUCUUGAAGGACAGUAGCCAGUCGCUGUCCAAUAUUUGGAACAGAGAUGGCAGUGAUCACGAGCCUGGUCGCUCUCUUGCCAAACAAAGACCGCAGUGGAAGGGGACUCGAGGCAACGCCGCAGAGUCAUCAAGUAGUAGUAGACUGAAGCCGCCAACUGGUCGCGGUCAACCCCAACAAGGCCAGCGCAACGCCCCUACUCGACGAGUCCAGACGCCAGAUCCCUUUCCCCGUUCCUCAUCACGAGCGAGCUACGUCUCGAUCCAUGAAACGCGACGAGAUUCGGUGGUCUCGCUCACAGACGCAUACUCUCGAAACUCGGCGAGUGGCCUGCGUCCGGCCUCACCGACCAUCCUUCGGGCAGACUACUCCACUCAGGAGACGAUUUCGCGAACAGCAGGUGAAGCAUAUCCCGUCGGGUCAGUGCCUCCGUCCCCUCGCGGUAAAGGCCACCAUCGCCAAUCGGCUUCGUACGCGCCCAGCCUCUACAGCCUGGCAACAAACGAUUCCCAGUCUUCGCUGCUCCUGUCUUCUUAUUAUCAGAAGAGUGCUUAUACUUCGUCCAAUGCAUUGAGUACGUUGCGUAGGGAGGGCUUCGUGGAUGGGACGUUUCCAAGCGGCCACCUGCUACCCAACAUUGCGAGGUACAUGAGAUACUCGUCUGCGUGUUAUGGAUCGCAUUUCAUGAAACUUCUUGGUAUCUCGGACCAGCUCCCCGCCAGCCAAGUGGGCGACAGAACCCACCAGGACGUCCGACAUUUUGCACAUCACACCGAGUCGCAGGACAGCAACAUUCUUCUCGCGUCAUUCGUAGAUCCACAAGGAGGUUCUGACGCCACCGGUUCGACGGGGACGGGUGUGCCAUUGGUACACUACAUCUCACUGGACCAUGAGGCCAAGGCCGUGGUCCUAGCCUGUCGAGGAACAUUGGGGUUCGAGGAUGUCCUUGCUGACUUGACAUGCGACUACGACAACUUGCCAUGGCGAGGUCGAGCGUACAGAGUGCACAAGGGCGUGCAUGCGUCGGCUAGAAGACUCUUGUUCGGAGAUGACGGCCGGGUUCUAGUCACACUCAAGGAAGCACUGUUGGAGUUUCCGGAUUACGGUCUCGUCCUUUGUGGCCAUUCUCUCGGGGGGGGCGUCACCUCCCUCCUCGGCGUGAUGUUGUCGGAACCCAACCCCGAGGGGCCGGGCUUUGUCAUUUCAGCCGAACCGUACUCAAAACUUCUCACACAAGGCCCUAGCACGGACCACAAGUUCAGUGAUAUUCGCCUCCCGCGGUCUCGUCGGAUCCACGUGUACGCGUAUGGAUCACCGGGCAUAAUGUCCCCGUCCCUGCGCAAAAUAACGCGUGGGCUGAUUACGACGGUCGUGCACGGCAACGACAUUGUACCGCACCUGUCGCUGGGCGUUCUCCAUGACUUUCAAGGUCUGGCGCUUGGGUUCAAAAGGGACGAGAACCAGACCAAGGCCGAGAUCCGGCGUAGAAUGUGGGGGGCUUUCCAGGAACAUGUCUCGGACAAAUGGUACCAGACCACACCGGCAGCCCCCAAGGAGGGUGACGAGGAAUGGGUGCUGCCCAUGCUACAGGCUCUGCGAGGCACCAUGAAUGGCAAGAAACUGGUGCCUCCGGGCGAGGUAUUUGCCAUUGAGACGACCAGGGUUCUCAGACGAGAUGCUUUUCUGGUGCAGGAGGAGGGCCCGAUUGGAAGACCGGCGAGGAGGGUGGUGCUCAAGUAUAUCCGAGAUGUGGAGGGGCGGUUCGGGGAAAUAAGGUUCGGAACGGGACUGUUGACGGACCACAGCCCGGCCAAAUAUGAGGAUGCGCUGAACAAGUUGCGGCUGGGAGUGGUUGAAUGA